AUAGAAAACCAACUUUGCCUCCGAAUUCCCAAACGAACGCUAGAAGACGGGUAGAAAGAAUCCCAGAUCGAGCAGAGAAGGAAAGUAGUAAAUUGUGAGAGAAGAUGGCACAAUCCACGUUCGUUGCGCAAGAAGUGAGCCAGUCAUUUCGACUGUUGAGCGGUCACAUCAUACCUGCGGUGGGAUUGGGCACUUGGAAGUCUGGUUCUGAUGCUUCUAACUCUGUCUUCACCGCAAUUGUUGAGGCUGGGUAUAGACACGUGGACACGGCUUCGCAGUAUGGAGUUCAACAAGAGGUUGGAUAUGCACUCAAGAAGGCCAUACAAGCAGGCGUCGACAGAAAGCAUCUCUUCAUCACAUCAAAGCUAUGGUGCUCUGACUUGUCGCCAGACAGGGUAAGACCUGCUCUAAAUAACACCCUCAAAGAACUACAACUCGAAUAUCUUGAUCUUUAUCUGAUCCAUUGGCCAUUCCGUCUUAAAGAUGGAGCCGAGCGGCCUCCAAGGGCUGGGGAUGUAUUAGAGUUUGACAUGGAAGCGGUUUGGAGAGAAAUGGAGAAGCUAGUGAAGGAUAAUCUUGUUAGGGAUAUUGGCAUUUGCAAUUUCUCACGUACAAAGCUCGAUAAGUUACUUAAAUUUGCUGAAAUAAAGCCAUCUGUGUGUCAGAUGGAGAUGCAUCCUGGAUGGAGGAAUGAUAAGAUGUUGGAGGCGUGCAGGAAGAAUGGCAUCCAUGUCACUGCUUAUUCUCCCUUGGGGUCAUCUGAAGGGGGGAAAGAACUGGUUCACGAUCCAACAGUUAAUAAAAUAGCUAAAAAUCUGAACAAGAGCUCGGGCCAGGUGUUGGUGAAAUGGGGGUUGCAGAGAGGAACAAGUGUCAUCCCCAAAUCAAGCAACCCUGAUAGGAUCAAAGAAAACAUACAGGUGUUUGGUUGGGAAAUCCCGGCGCAGGACUUCGAGGUGCUGUCCAACCUUGGUGAUCAGAGGAGAAUAUUGGACGGAGAAAAUCUGUUUGUGAAUAAAAGCGACGGACCAUACAGGAGUGUGGCUGAACUGUGGGACAAUGAAGAUUAGCGAUCGAGGAGCCGAGUGUUGCUGUGUUUUGACGGUGAUGACAGACGACCUUAUUGGCUUCUUCUGUGAAUAGAUAGAUAAAUGAAUGAAAUAUUAGAUAGAGAUAUGCAUGCAUGCCCAUCGAAA